CAGCAACAGGGCAGAGAGACGCGGAGCGCUGUGCUGUUCGCUUUGUGCAGACUCUCUCCAUUCCAGAGCGACAGUCUCAUUCAGCGUAUUCUCAUAACGGAAUAGGAUUUUUUUUUGAACCUGCAGUAUUAAAACACAUUUUUUUUUAAUUUUUUUUUUUUGGGGUGGGGGGUGGGGGGGAUCUGUGGGAUUUCUUUUUUUUGGAUGCAUUAUUUCUUUGGAUAUAACAAAAACGAGGAAUUUCUAUUGAUCUUUUCGUUGCCCCCCAAGGAGAAAAAAAAAAAAAAAAAGUCUGGACAAGAAAAACACGAUUGCCAAGACGUCCUGUUUGAAGCCAACCCAACUCUCCAUCGUGGAGCCUUGGCUGUCCGGCCAGGUCAAAGGUCACCGCCAAGCAUGCUUCCACACCACUCUCCAGGGAUGCCAGCCCUCAUCCUAUUGGUGGCCCUGCUGUCCCUGCUCCUGAUUGGCUGUGAUUCUCAGUCUGCCCCCAGGUUCACCAAGGUACCCGUUGACCAGAUUGGAGUCUCCGGAGGGGUUGCCUCCUUCGUCUGCCAGGCGACGGGUGAACCCAAGCCACGGGUCACCUGGAACAAGAAAGGGAAGAAAGUCAACUCCCAGCGCAUUGAGACGAUUGAAUUUGAUGAAGGGGCUGGGGCUGUUCUUCGGAUCCAGCCUUUACGAACGCCCCGGGACGAAAACAUUUACGAAUGCAUCGGAGAGAAUUCAGAGGGAGAGGUGACUGUCAGUGCCAAGCUCUCCAUCCUCAGAGAAGACCAGUUACCCUCAGGGUUUCCCAACAUCGACAUGGGCCCCCAGCUGAAGGUGGUGGAGCGAACUCGCACCGCCACCAUGCUUUGCGCAGCCAGCGGCAACCCAGACCCAGAAAUCACCUGGUUCAAGGACUUCCUGCCCAUUGACCCCAACAUGAGUAACGGGCGAAUCAAGCAGCUCCGAUCAGGAGCGCUGCAGAUCGAGAACAGCGAGGAGACGGACCAGGGCAAAUACGAGUGUGUGGCGUCCAACAGCGCAGGCGUGCGCUACUCUUCACCUGCUAACCUUUACGUGCGAGUGCGUCGGGUGCCCCCCAGGUUCUCCAUCCUGCCCACGAGCCACGAGAUCAUGCCAGGAGGCAGCGUCAACAUCACCUGCGUGGCGGUGGGCUCACCCAUGCCCUACGUCAAGUGGAUGCUGGGAGCAGAAGACCUGACCCCCGAGGACGAGAUGCCCGUUGGGCGGAACGUUCUGGAGCUGAACAGCAUCCGGGAGUCCGCCAACUACACAUGUGUUGCCAUGUCCAGUCUGGGCAUCAUUGAGGCCGUAGCACAGAUCACAGUGAAGUCUCUUCCCAAACCACCCGGGACACCCAUUGUGACGGAAACCACGGCAACUAGCGUCACCAUCACUUGGGACUCGGGCAACCCUGACCCCAUCUCCUACUACAUCAUCCAGUACCGCUCCAAAUCCUCCGACAGCACCUACCACAUCAAGGAUGGCAUCACCACCACUCGGUACAGCAUCGGCGGGCUGAGCCCCAACACGGAAUACGAGAUCCGGGUCUCGGCGGUCAAUACCAUUGGGCAGGGACCGCCGAGCGAGCCCGUAGAGACCAGGACUGGUGAACAAGCCCCUGCCAGCCCUCCCCGCAACAUCCAGGCUCGCAUGCUCAGCGUCAACACUAUGAUAGUCACCUGGGAGGAACCGGAGGAACCUAACGGGCAGAUCCGUGGCUACCGAAUCUACUACACCAUGGACCCGUCCAAGCCCAUCAACGCCUGGCAGAAGCACAACGUGGAUGACAGUCGCUUGACAACCGUGGGCAGCCUGGUGGCCCAGGAGACCUAUAGCAUCAGGGUGCUGGCGUUCACAUCCGUAGGGGACGGGCCAUUCUCCGAUCCUGUUCAUCUGAAAACCCAGCAAGGAGUCCCGGGACAGCCGAUGAAUUUCCGAGCGGAGGCGGUGUCAGACACCAGUAUCCAGCUGUCGUGGGACCCUCCAAGGCAGGAGAACAUCAUUAAAUUCGACCUGCAUUACAGGGAAGGGGAGCAUGGCAAGGAGAUUCAGGUCACCUUUGAACCCGCCACGUCCUAUACUCUGGGCGGUCUGCGCGCCAACACAGACUACUACUUCCGGCUAGCAGGCCACUCGGAACUGGGGCUCGGAGCCUCCACCACGGAAAUCUCCCAGAGGACGUCUCAAGCCAAACCUUCUGCCCCCCCUCAAGACAUAAAGUGCUCCAGCUCAAGCUCCACCACCAUACUGGUAAGUUGGCGUCCACCAGUAGCCGAGAGUCAAAAUGGCAUCCUGGUGGGGUACAGCGUGCGCUACCAGGCUCUAGAAGGAGAAGACACCACGUCCAGAGAAGUGAAGGACAUCCCCCCUUCGACCAAUCAGAUCCUCCUGGAGGGGCUUGAGAAGUGGACAGAGUACCACGUCAGUGUGGUGGCCUACACAGAAAUCGGUCCCGGUCCGGAGAGCAAGCCUGUGGUCAUCCGGACCGACGAGGAUGUGCCCGGAGCCCCCCCGCGGAAGGUGGAAGUGGAGGUAUUGAAUUCAACAGCCAUCAAGGUGGUCUGGCGCUCCCUGCCCCCCAAUCGCCAGCACGGGCAGGUCCGAGGCUACCAGGUGCACUACGUACAGGUGGAGAAUGGAGACGCCAGAGGACUGCCCCUCAUCAAGGAUGUCAUGCUGGCCGAUGCACAGUGGGAGACAGAUGAUACAGCAGAAUAUGAGAUGAUCAUCACCGGUCUCAAGCCUGAAACCACCUAUUCCAUCACGGUGGCAGCUUACACCACCAAGGGGGAUGGUGCGCGGAGCAAACCCAAACUGGUGGUGACCAAAGGGGCAGUUCCUGGCAGACCGGCUGUAUCGGUCCAGCAGUCCUCAGAAAACAUGGCUGUGGUUCAGUGGCAGCCUUCCACGGAGCCGCUGGUGCAGGUCCUGGGCUACCGGCUACAAUUCGGACGCCAGGACGUCUCUCCACUGGCCACGCUGGAGUUCACAGCCCAGGAGCUGGAGUACACCGUCAGCAACGUGCACAAGGGGGCGACAUACGUCUUUAAAGUGUCAGCCAAAAGCCGAUCAGGCUUCGGGGAGGAAGCCACGCGGGAACUGAGCGUGCCUGAGGAGGUCCCUAAGGGGUACCCCCAAAUUAUCGAGGGCUCCAAUGUCACGUGCUGCUCCAUCCAGUUCACGUGGCUCCCCCCUGUUCUGGCUGAGAGAAACGGGGUGAUAACCCAAUACACCGUGGCUUAUAAAGAGUCGGGGGCUCCCGGUGCCCUGACUGAAAUGACUCUCCCGGCCUCUGAAAUGAGCCUCAAUCUAAACGGCCUCAACCCAGACUCCUCUUAUGACAUCAAAAUCCAAGCGCAUACCAGUGUAGGUCCAGGGCCCUACAGCCCUCCGAUCCAGUAUCGGACCAUGCUUCUGGAGAAAGAUGUUCCAAAGAAUUUCAAGGUGAAGCUGGUGAUGAAGACGUCAAUCUUACUGACCUGGGAGUUCCCUGAAAACCGGCACCCCUAUCGCUGCAAGAUCGAGUAUAAUGGUCAGAGCGUUGACGUGGAUGCCCGCGCCACGAAAGCGCUGAUCACAAACCUGCGUCCGAACACCACGUACAACUUCAAGAUGACCAGCGGAGAGGACAACAUGGGCGGCCUGAGGCACAAGGUGUUGACCAGGACUGCCCCAGCCGUACUGGUCACCAAGCCGAGCCUGAACCGCAAACCAGACACCGACGGCACUCUGAUCAUCAUGCUGCCCUCCUUGGAAAUGGCAGUGCCGGUCAAGUACUACUAUAUCAUAGUGGUUCCUCUAAAGAAGGUGCGCGGAGCGUUUGUGAAGCAGUGGAAAAGCCCGGAUGAGAUGGACCUGGAUGAGGUGAUGAAGGAUAUCACCCGACGGGAGCGUCGGAGGCGGAGCAUGCGUUACUCACGGCAACUGGACAUGAAGCCGUUCAUCGCUGCCCGCUUCCGGACCCUGCCCUCACACUUCACCCUCGGGGACCAGAUGGAGCACAACGGCUAUGAAAACCGAGCCCUGGAGCCGGGUCAAGAAUACGUCUUCUUUAUCCUGGCCGUGCUGGACAACCCGGAAGUGAAAAUGUUUGCGGCAAGCCCGUACACAGACCCGGUGGUGGCUCCAGACUUGGACCCUCAGCCCGUGGACGGGGGGGAUGGGCUCAUCUGGGUGGUGGGACCGGUGCUGGCCGUCGUCUUCAUCAUCUGCAUCGUCAUCGCCAUCCUACUCUACAAGAACAAGCGGAAGGAAUCUGAGCCCCGUACAAAAUGCCUCCUGAACAACGCUGAAAUCACUCCCCAUCACCCCACCGACCCUGUGGAGAUGAGACGCAUCAACUUCCAGACCCCAGAUUCUGGUCUGAGCAGCCCCCUCAGUGAUCCCGGUUUUGACUUUGAAAGCAUGCUCAAUCACCCUCCGAUCCCCAUCGCUGACCUGGCGGAACACACGGAGUGCUUGAAGGCGAACGACAACCUGAAGCUGUCCCAGGAGUAUGAGUCCAUCGACCCCGGGCAGCAGUUCACCUGGGAGCACUCUAACCUGGAAGUGAACAAACCCAAGAACCGCUACGCCAACGUCAUCGCGUACGAUCACUCGCGGGUCAUCCUGUCCCCCAUCGAGGGCAUUACCGGGAGUGAUUACAUCAACUCCAACUACAUUGACGGGUACCGCAAGCAGAACGCCUACAUCGCCACCCAGGGGCCUCUGCCAGAGACCUUUGGGGACUUCUGGAGGAUGCUGUGGGAGCAGCGGGCGGCCACUGUGGUCAUGAUGACCAAGCUGGAGGAGAAAUCACGGAUCAAAUGUGACCAGUACUGGCCAAGUCGAGGCACAGAAACCUACGGGAUGACCCAGGUGACACUCCUCGACACCAUUGAGCUCGCCACCUUCUGUGUCCGCACAUUCUCCCUGCACAAGAACGGCUCCAGUGAGAAGAGGGAAGUACGGCAGUUCCAGUUCACAGCCUGGCCGGAUCACGGCGUUCCUGAGUAUCCCACCCCAUUCCUGGCGUUCCUGCGUCGAGUGAAAACUUGCAACCCCCCAGACGCUGGGCCAAUCAUCGUUCACUGCAGCGCCGGGGUGGGACGCACUGGCUGCUUCAUCGUCAUCGAUGCCAUGCUGGAGCGGAUCAAGCACGAGAAGACGGUGGACAUCUACGGUCACGUGACCCUGAUGAGGUCACAGCGGAACUACAUGGUGCAGACGGAGGACCAGUACAGCUUCAUUCACGACUCCCUCCUGGAAGCAGUGGCUUGUGGGAACACAGAGGUGGCGGCUCGGAGCCUCUACACCUACAUCCAGAAACUGUCUCAGAUCGAGACUGGAGAGCAUGUCACCGGCAUGGAGCUGGAAUUCAAGCGCCUUGCCAAUUCAAAAGCCCACACAUCCAGGUUCAUAAGUGCCAACCUUCCCUGCAACAAAUUCAAGAACCGCCUGGUGAACAUCAUGCCGUACGAGACGACCAGGGUGUGCCUACAACCAAUUCGAGGGGUGGAGGGCUCGGACUACAUCAACGCCAGCUUCAUCGACGGCUACAGGCAACAAAAAGCCUACAUCGCCACGCAAGGGCCCUUGGCAGAAACGACAGAGGACUUCUGGAGGAUGUUGUGGGAAAACAACUCCACCAUCGUGGUGAUGCUGACUAAACUACGAGAAAUGGGGAGGGAAAAGUGCCACCAGUACUGGCCCGCAGAGCGCUCGGCCCGGUACCAGUACUUCGUGGUGGAUCCGAUGGCUGAAUACAACAUGCCCCAGUAUAUCCUGCGGGAGUUCAAGGUCACCGAUGCCAGGGAUGGUCAGUCUCGAACUGUACGUCAGUUCCAGUUUACAGACUGGCCCGAGCAGGGCGUGCCAAAAUCGGGAGAGGGCUUCAUCGACUUCAUCGGCCAGGUGCACAAAACCAAGGAGCAGUUCGGACAGGACGGGCCUAUCUCUGUGCACUGCAGCGCUGGAGUCGGCAGGACUGGCGUGUUCAUCACGCUCAGUAUAGUCCUGGAGAGGAUGCGCUACGAGGGGGUGGUGGACAUCUUCCAGACGGUCAAGAUGCUGAGGACACAGCGGCCAGCCAUGGUGCAGACAGAGGAUGAGUACCAGUUCUGCUAUCAGGCGGGUCUGGAGUAUCUAGGAAGCUUCGAUCACUAUGCAACGUAAAAUGUCAUCUUGACACUAAUUCUGCUGUCCUUCCCCAGUCUCUGCUGAGCCAUAGAACCAUGUUUGAAAUUAAACGAAACAAAAACAAAACAACAAACCAUUUAUUUGAGCAAAGGACAGCGAUUGCAGGGAGGGGGGAAGGAAUUUCAUGGAACACACUGACCCCCCUCAGGAAUAACCUGGAUAUUGAAGACCGCGGCUCAGGUUGCUGGUGGGACCUAUUUACGUGUCAGACUGCUUAUCUUACCUCAAGUGUUCAAAAGUGGAGGACAUUAUAAAUAUUUUGUGGACAUCUAUUAAAACAAAACAACAAUAAAAAAAAAAAAAAAUUAAAAAAAGCAGAAAAAAAAAUCUAAACGUGGCUUCGUUUAUGUUGAAGAAGGGAGAAAUGAAAUACAAACAAUGAAAAUAUAUUAAAGAAUACAUUCAUAAGGGAUCCUGUUCUGGUCACUCAUUCAUUGUGGAAUUUGGUUCAUUUUUCGGAUAAAACAAAAAAGGUGAAAUGUUUCAAAUAGAGGGGCGCGUGUCUCCAGGGGGACUCCUCACAGGUCAGAGAGACGUCGGGAACCCCAAAAAAACAGCGGCUUUGGAAGAAUCCAGCUAGAAUCGGACCCUUGAAUUAAAGUUAAAUAUUUCGUCUCAGACAGCCCAAAAGUAAAUAACAAUAUACAAAGCUUUGAAUCCAGCCACAGAUCUCAAGGUUACUGGCUGGCAAACACAGGCUAAAGAACCUCAUUGUAUCUCAAUGCCAAUCUAGUCUGUCUGCUUGUAUUGCCUACUUAUUUAUGAGCUGUCUGGGAGCGUGUUUGAACACAAAGCACUUUAGCUUCAGCCCCAGAAUAUCAAAUAUCCAUUAAUUGUGUGUGCAGAAAGUAUAUGUGUUUGCCUAAAAGAACCAGGCUGUGAACCACCUGAAGCAGCGUUUCAACUGUUAGCCUUCAGGAAUAGCCUAGAAUAGUGUGCGUGAUUAUCUGAUGAGUGUAUGUACUGUAUACUUGAAUUUAUAGAGUAUGAGUAUGUUUGUAUGUUUUUAAACAUACAGCACAUACAUUCUCCUAAUACAUGCAUAUAUAGAUACAUACAUCAUACAGUACAGUUAUUUGAGGUAAUUCAAGAUCCGGAACAGCAAUAAUAUCUCUUGACCUUAAGAUCUUGUAAUGUUAACCAGUUUUAAAACACAAAUCUUACUAUACAGUCCUGGUUUAUAAGGAGAGCGAACUUGCCUAUGCAAGAUGUUUCUGAGAUGCAAAAACUUAAUACAACCUUCUGCUUUCCAGUAAGUUGUAUUUAACUUCUACUAAUAUGAUUCCAGGCUGUCAAUAUGCUGUAUAAUGUGUGUAUCUUUUAAGGUAGGAUUAUGAUGACACUGUUGCAUGGGGCGUUAACAGGGAAAUGCGACCAACUAAAAAAUCCAGCGCAGGUUUCUUCUUGUGUGGGGGUUACCAGGCACUGUUGAGGCUGUUUUUAGGGAGUCGCCCCAGUUUCCUGGACUGUUCCGUUGUCCCACACAACACAUUCUCUCUCUGUUUGAAAUAGCAAUUGACCAGUCGCGAGAUAGAAGGGUGCGUACUGGAAAAACCCUACCUUCACAACAUAGAGAGGUCAAUGUUGACCAUCUGAGUUGGAAAUCCCAAAGGGGAAGUCCACUAAAACAGAGCUUGACCAUGUUGGUGACCCACGUUAUAAACCUUCAGUAUGAGGUGUGAUCCUUUGAUGUAUUUUCCGUAGCGCAUUGCAGCCGCCCCCUCCCACACUCUCUGUGAGAACAGUCCAUUGACACGCAAUGAACCUGCUUUAUCUGUCAGCUGGGACUAGUCUGCACCCAGGAAAGCCUUAUUGUUAGCGGAACUUUACAAUAGGACAUCUCCUUCAUUUGUCUUUUUUUUCGUUUUUUUUUUCUUUUUAACAGUUAUAUAUUUGUUAGCAUUUUCAGAAAUGUACGAGCUAAGAAGCUUAUCUGUUCAUAUUGUUUAAAGACGGUCUAUUUUUUCACUGUAGAAAUGUUAAGUGUAACUGGCUAUAUAUAAUCAUCCAAUGCAAUGUUACUAUGAAUUAUUGUUUAUUAUUAUAAUUUUUUUUUACCAUUCUAAAUGUAACCUUAUUGUAACCUUGGGAGAUAUUGAGCGAUUCUUUAAUAGCUACCAUGGGGAAGAGCUGUGUCGAUAGCAUUGUUUAUUUUUUACAAAAGUAGUGUAAUUAAUUGGUCUACUAAAUAGUGGAAGAUAAUGAAUGAUUAGACAAUAACCAAUUCAUUAUUUAUGUACUUGAUGAACUAAUUCAUAUAGUGAAAAUAUUCUUGUUUUGUAUUUUUUUUUUCUGUAGUUUUUAAUUGUACUAAUAUGGAUUAACCGUGGGUUUAUAAUACACCGACGCUUACAUCUGGCCCAAUCUAGAAUAACCUUAGAUAAAAAAAAGAAUCUAGUUGAAUAUUUUUGGCCUUUUUAGCUUGAAAAUGGAUUAAAUCUUCUUACAUUUCUCAUCUCCUUACAUUUCUCAGUUCUUUCCACUCAUUCUGUAUUGUGAGAAACACUGGCUAACUGGGAAAGGGACCACUGUUAACAAACAUUCCCCUUUAAAAAUAACGGAUAUGGUAUUAUUAUGUUGUCUGCAGCACCCCCUGCUGUUGGAUGGGUGCUACAGCAGUUAGAGAUUCCCAGUGUGCGUCUCUGCAGUUCUGAAUGGUUAAACUAGCCUCCAUCUUUACUUGACUGUGGUCAUACCCUUCACAGGUUCCAAGCAAUGACAGACCAAGGGGAAAUGGAGGCUAGUUAAACCAAUCCAAUGCACCACUGCUGUAUCCUUUUCCACCUCCUGACCCCCAAUCUCUGAGAGAUGUGGCCCUCCCCUGCCUUUUCCUCAACCAUCUGACACCUCUAGUGGUGGCUUCUGGUAUUGCAAUCUCCAACUUGAUUUCACUUCGCAAAAGGGCCCAUGUAUCCAUGACGAACCACCUUUCCCUUACUAAUCUUUCCAGAUUGAUUUAUUCUGAUCCCUAAGCUAUGAAGGACCAUUUGCCCAGUGCCUAUUCAAGACAUAGAGUAUAUAUUCCUCCAAACCACAGAAUAAAUCGUGAGACAGCGCUGCUAGUUAAACCCCUGGUGACUUACCCCACCAUGCAGCUCCAAGGAGCUAUUCAAAACCGAAUCCGCUAAUAAUUUGGUAUUCAGCUAUAUUUUUCUAUGAUACAUAUAUGGUGCUGUAUCAGAUAUAUAAAUUGGUCAGUGAUUCAUCAGCACAUCUGUUUUAAAGUUAGCCCUUACAAAAAUAUAUGUUGUAUACUUUGUACAGCGAUGCUUACCGCUAUUGUAAGUAUACAGCUUUUUUGUUUUUGUACAAGGAUGCAGGACUUCAGAUGUAGUGAACUCAUGUCAGCUACAGCUGGGUGGAACAAGGACUUUGCUAUGCGUGCAGUUCUUGUCUUGUUUCUUGAGUGCUAGGAUUUUGACGCACCAAUGCACCAUGAAUCUGAAAUACAGAGGGAGGCCUUGUCUGGACUGCUGCAGAGCCAAACAAAACCUGCAAGAGUUUCCAAAGCUUGUUAAGCGUUUUUAUUUUUAUUUUUUUGGUUGUUUUCGUGACUUUGUGAAAGUUUUUUUUUUUUUUUGCCGGAUUUACAGCUUGCGUCUCAGCCAAACUAAGGGGACGUGCGCCCGAUUGGAAGAACGACAUCAACGAGAAGCAUGAGCCGAGCGCCAUCGCUUUCAAAACUGUUACUUCUAACGGAAACAACAAUUGGUUUAAAACCACUGUGUAUGUAGAUAUGUUGACUUUGUAUUAAAGAAAAGGUUGUCUGAAAAA